AGUACAUGUGGGUUAUAAAUGAACAGAGUCCACGAGUUUCCACAGACUGGAACUCACCAACAGGAUAAACGUGCGACUCAGCAAAACAAGAACGUCAUUUACAGCAGCCGCCGGAAAUGGAAACCAUGCAGGAGUUGAUUCCAUUUGCAAAGGAGAUGCUCCGUCAGAGAGCCAACCGGAAGCUGCUGAAGGUUUACCUGCUGGGCUCCGUGCUGGCGGUGCUGGGCACGGCCAUCGGGCUGGUUGAGACUCUCUGCCACCCCUUCUCUUCAGGUGAGCCGCUGGAUGCAGAGAUGCUCCUCAUGUUGACCUCGGACCAGAGAGAAGUUGAAGCUGAUGCUCAGGCCACCCUGAAAGCCGGGGGACAGGAGGAGGAGGAGGAAGAAGAGGAGGAGGAGGAGGAAGAGGAGCUUGUUCCAGAGAGCCAAGCAAACACCAAGAACCCGACCCUGGCUAAGAUCCAUAGACUCAGCCAGCGAAACCUGGCCAACCGCCUGCAUGCUUCCUAAGUCCACUGCAGUAAAGCAAGAUGGCUGGAAAUAUUUAUUGGAGACUGCUACUGCCACACCAUUUUUGGUGUGCAACUCGCACAAAAGACGGAAGUUUUUCAGAGUAAUGGUGUCUGAACCGCCACCACACGCUGCCAGCUGAUGGCCAUGGCUUUGACGGACUGUCAGAAUAUGAUGGGCAGGCACUGCAACGGUCAGAGGUUUCUGAAGUCAUAGGGAGAGACAGAGAGAGAGAGAGAGAGAGAGAGAGAGAGAGAGAGAGAGAGAGAGAGAGAGAGAGAGAGAGAUUAUUAAACAGCACCUGUAAGCCACAACAUCAUGAGUGAGUCUGAGGAAUUUACUCUGCAGUGCCACCUACUGGCAGCUGGUUGUGGGAGGAGAAGGAAGAAGUUUGCUGUAGAUGUUAUCCAACUGUAAAUAAUGCUAUAUUUUGUUACAUUCUAUUAAAGUUUAUUUUAUUCAUA